GACCAACCGUGGAAAUAAAAAUACCCAAAGUUGCCAUGUUCCUGUUGUGGUUGAUUUAGUUCACAAUUAAUAGAAAUAUUGCGUUUUAAUCGUAUCUUAUUAAAUAUUUCGUAAUUUUGAUCAUCAGAAUGUCGGAACCUUCGACCAAAGACUCAGGAGCGACAAAAACUCCUAUGGUUUACAUCUGCGGAGAAUGCCACAACGAAAAUGAGAUUAGGCCGAGAGAUCCCAUAAGAUGUCGAGAAUGUGGAUAUAGAAUCAUGUACAAGAAGAGAACAAAAAGAUUGGCCGUGUUUGACGCCAGGUGAACAUCAUACUGUAAAAAUAAGGCUUAAGUUUAAAUAUUAAAUACAGUGAAUUUGA